CAUGCUCGAUGAUCUUGCAGCACUCGAAGAGCCUUAUAAUGCGACCAGACUUGGGUGCUGGUGACGUGGAUUGGAUGCGAGGGAAGGUUCUGCUAAAACCAGAUGAUCAAUUGCAACUAACGGAAGCAGAGUUACAAGAGGAAUUUGCCAAAGUGUUAACUACACAUAACACCAGGGUACCCGAUUCCCUGGUCGAAUGGUCAUGGAAAUUACGUGAAUUUGUGAGAUUGCCACCUCCGCCGGAUUUAGUAACUCUUCUGAAUGUGACUGGUACUAUACUACACAAGGACUCUGAAGAAGCUAAAAUGCAAUUGACAGCUGACGAACAUGAGGAGGCAGUGGAUGAAAAAUUGAAACGUGAUGAAGCCGAAGAAGCAGAUGAAAUAGACAAAACAGUGGAGGCGCUAGCCAAAGCUGAACAGGAACAGGAAUUAGAACCUGAGCCAGAACCAGAGCCAGAACCCGAGGAUGUUUCAGAGAAGAAGAAACCCAAGAAAGCACCUAAUCAAUUUAAUUUCUGCGAAAGAGCGGCGUUGACGUACGACAAUCCUAUGAGAGAUAUGAGCACGCAAACUAUACCUCCGCCUACUGCGACUUUUAACGUCAAUGUUUUCCAAUGGACCAUUUUUGACGAGUAUCAGGAGGACUAUGAUCAGCAGCAGCGCGAGAAAGAGAAGGAGAAGAGAGUGCCGUUGACGCUGCCGAAGAAGGAAGAUGUGAAGAAGAAAGCUCAACUGGAGUCUGCGGCAAUGACGCAGAGAAUGCUACAAGCUGCGAAAACGUUGGAACGAAUGGUCAAUCAAAAUAUCUUCGACGAUAUAUCACAAGAUUAUAGAUACUGGAACGAUCCUAGCGAUGAGUUCAAGGACGAAGAAGGAUCCUUAUUACCUCUGUGGAAGUUCUCUUACGAGAAAACUAAGAAGCAUGACAUCACGGACAUGUGCUUCAACACCACGUGUUACGAUCUUUUCGCGGUCGCCUUUGGAACAUUGUCAUUUAAUAGUGCGAUAACGAACGGUACAGUAUGCUUAUUCAGCUUGAAGAAUCCGUCGUAUCCGGAAUGGAUUUGUCCGACAGAGUCUCCCGUGAUGUGCCUGGACUUCAACGCCCAGCAUCCUCACCUUCUGGUCAUCGGUACCAUGGACGGGUCAGUAGCGGUUUAUAACGUAAUGUUACCGCCCUCCGCGCCGCAAUACAAGAGCAGCGACGUCGUGCAGAAGCACGGGGGAUUGGUAUGGGAGAUUUGUUGGCCGCCUGACACGGAAGAGGGAAAUCUGGCGUUCUUCAGCGUCAGUAUCGACGGCAAGAUAAAUCACUGGGUGUUAAAUCAAAACGAUCUCGGUCUCACCACCGUUAUGACGUUAUUUCUGGAUCGACCGCCUAUCCCGGGACCAGACGGCACGAUGAUCACGCUCAAAGGGUAAGGGAUGUGCAUGGCAUUUCAUCCUGCCGAUCAGAACGUCUUCCUGGUAGGCACGGAAGAGGGUACCAUAUACAAGUGCAAUACGGCGUACAGCAGCAUCUACAUGAGGACGUAUCACGAGGCGCACACCAUGCCAGUGUACCGGAUAGUCUUCAACAAGUUCAACUCCAGCAUCUUCGCCAGCUGCUCCGGCGAUUGGCGAAUCAAAAUCUGGGAAGACGAGAGACCGGAGCCGUUGUUCAUGUUCGAUCUGGGCGUUCCGAUCGGUGACGUUCAAUGGGUACCGUACAGCUCGACAGUGCUGGCCUGCGUAUCGAACGACGGCAAAGUUACGGUGUUUGAUCUAAAUGUUAACAAGUACAGGCCUAUAUGCAGUCAGCAGAUUGUCAGCAAACGGAAGAGCAAAUUGACGCGAUUAGCUUUCAAUUACGCGCUACCGUUUAUAAUAGUCGGCGAUGAUAAGUAAGUAACAUCUUCUCAAAUUGUAUUAGGGGUGUGAUUUAGUUUUGAGGGUUUUUUUGCUCAAAAACGCAUGUAUUUAAAUAUGAUAAUGAAUGAAUACCUUAAUCAAAAUAUUU